GCCAGAGCUGAAAAUGUCAGGGGUCCUGACGCGAAAAUCGGCGACGCAUACACGAUUUUUUCAGAUCCAUUCACUGAACCGCAAACCCGUGACAUAAACAAACCCGACUCAGUCGUGAGUGCCGUAGCUCACUGAGCAGCUGCAAUGCGAGGCAGUAGUCGACCAACGCUCAUUCGACGUUGCACGCACACACAUAAAGAAACAAGUUUUUACACAAAAAGCUGGUAUAUAUGCUUGGAAAUGUAAUUUUGAAUAUAAGAUAUGGUUAUUUUAAGUGUUUUGCACAGUCUAGAACCAUUCAAUUGUUUAAAAAUAGUCAAAAUAGUAUUUAGAGAGGAUUUUACGAGUCAGUCAUACGACACGAAUUGAGUGAGUGUAGCUCAUUUUUUCACGUCUCUCAUUCUCCAGCAGCCGACCGGCACGAGUCAGGCGUCAGUGGUUGAACGGACACAGUAGGCUUACAGUCACAUGCUAGCAGUGAACUGACAUUUUGGUUUGCUUCAUGUGUACGCUGGGUUGGAAACAUUUUGCAGGCCUGGUCGGAGCAUCAAGUUGGAGUCGGACGCACACUCGCCGGGUCAACCGCCGAUCAGUAGUCCGAUGUCGAUCUCGGCGCUUACUGCUAGGCUGAUGGACGAUUGCGACGGUGGCAGCAUGCAGCUGGGCAGUCUCGAAGUUGAUCCGGCUUGGCCGUACGCGGACGAGGAUUUGGAGUCGCCGAUCUGCCAUUUGUCCUGCGGGAAAUUGUUGACCUCGGUGGUCCGGCCACAGCGACAGCUGGUGCUCGCCUACCGGAAGUACUCGGAAUCGGUUCAAGAACCAAGGCACGACUCCGUCAUCGCCCCUCGCCAAGGACAACUGCCAGACGACGGAUGGGAGUUUUACGACGUCUGCCGCUGUCGUGAAACACCAACACGAUGAUGUCGAACGCGUACCUGAACCCGGAUCAGCUACGGCGCGAUACUUCAACAUGCGCUCGGCGGAUAUCAGCUGGCGGAGAAGCCAAGCAUCGCUACGGAGCUCGAUCUGGCCGAUGCGCCCUUGCAGCUACUACAACUCGUCGUUUGACGAUCCGAUCCCACCGGGAAGUUCGCAGCGGUCCAGAUCAAUGUCUACGGCAAUGGAUGGAAGCCAGUCAGCAAGUUCCACCCCAACCAGUCGUGUUUGACGAGCUCGAAGAGGGUGAGAUUGAUUGAAAUAAGUUGGACGUGACGAUUUCCAGCAGCAGUCGCCUGACAAAACUGCUUCCUCGCCCCAGUUUCCUCCUCGAAGGAAGUAAUCGGUACAUCGGUGAACAUCACCUUGGCGGCCGGGACAACCUCCAGCAGCAACGCUUGGUCCUUCUCCUGUUCAUUCAGGUCACGGUAACAGAAAAGGUCGGAUCUGCAGAUGAAUAAUAUAUAAAUAUAUUGUACUUCACGAAACAUGCUUUUAUGAAUAAAAAUAAAAAAAUUCGCUGUUUAUUUAUUUUCAAUUUCAAUUUAUUUCGGAUUCCAAAAGAAAAAGCUAAAGCGCCCAAAGAUAGGCAACCUACAAAGCCUCUAAAGCCAGUGAAAUAUUUCGCCAUGCUCGAACUCGGCAGUUCAUGAAAAUCAUGAUUUCGCCAGUUCGACCCACUUUACCAAAAAAAGUGUUAUCCGAGUUGAACUCCAAAAAUCAUGAUAAUUACCAUUUUUUUGGUUCUUUUUGGUAAG